GUUCGAUUCCGCCCGCCGUUGACGUGAAUCCGUGAUGAGUUCACGGGCAAACAAAGCGCCGAUGGAGGGGCAUCAGGGCUGCUUGGCAUCGCUGUGUGUAGGGCCUCGGCGAUUCUAUGCGCUGGCGGUGGUAGGGAUCGUCGGUUGCUGCCUCGUCUGGCUCCAUGUGCUGGGCCUUCAGUUUGGUAGCCGCUUGCCGUCGUCCGAAUCGAUCGGGAUACGUGUGUCGGUGGACGACAUGGUGACCCUUGGUGCCAACUCGACAGGACCAACAUCGCCGCCUCGAUCCAUCCCCACGCUCAUCCAUCAGUCGUGGAAGUCUGCCAACCACAUUCCACGCAAGUUUGUGCCGUGGAUGCAAAGCUGGCGCGUUCGGAAUCCGACGUGGAAUUACAUGUUCUGGGACGACACGGACAACUUGAACUUGUUUGAAACCCGCUACGCCAAGUACGCGGCGGUGGCGCGUCAGGUCGGCAAGAUCCACUUGGCCGACAUGUCUCGAUAUGCUCUGCUGCAUUUGUACGGUGGCGUGUACGCCGAUGGAGAUUUUGAAUCGCUCAAAUCGUUUGACGACCUCGUCGAUCUAGACCUGUUUCUCAGCUACGAACCACUCACGCACUCUGUGCUGUUGGAAGGCGCAACGACCCCCGUCCUGUGCAACGCCAUCCUCGCAUCUGCUCCUGGCCAUCCGUUCUGGCUCGACGUUCUCGACAACAUUUUGGACGCGUUCAACGCGGGCGGCGACAGCACUGACCCAGUGUCCCUCACCGGCCCACGAAUGGUCCAUCGGACAGUGAUGGCUUACAACAGCAAGGACCACGUGCGCCGCAUCACACUACUCGACGAAGAGUACUUUUACCCUGAAGUGGCGUACUGGAACAUCGAGAAUCUCCACCGACGAUGCGUCAACGCAACAGAUCUGCGGCUACAACUGCCCAUCGUUCAACAGGCCUGCGCGUGGCUGACCGCGUACCCCACGGGCCGGUACACCAACAACACCCACGCCGUCCACCGAUGGCAAUGCACGUGGUGUCGGGGUGAAAACUCGUGGUUCUACGUCACGUUAGACGAGAUCUUUCCCGACCAAGUCGUGCUCCGGCCCAAACUGUAGAGAUCAUUCCGUUCAUGAAUCAUAACACUAGAGUCGAUCACGUGAG